AAUGGUAAUGCGCUUUAUUGGCGAGAUACGCGGCGAAGUGUACUAAUUUUAGGCAGUACGAUAGUAAGACGUCACUGUCUAGGUACACCUAUUGAUUAUAGGUCACGAUAAUACAAACCUAAAGCGCUGCCUAUACACCCGCUGCAAUGCUUCCCACGUAUCUUGUAGCGUCUAUCAGACUAACCAGUGUUUUGUUUUUCAGCCAAUGUACCUAACAGAUAUGCUAUGUGUCCUGUAUAUUUGAUAUGCUUUUUGAAUUCUCGCAAAGAUACACAUUACAUAUCGAGCCUAGUCAACGAAACAUUCAGGUAUUGCUUAGCUAUAUUAUUAAACACGAGAGAGUGCGAAGAGGAGAGAAGGUUAAAGCAGCAAUGUCAGUCCUUGCUCACGGUCGCCAGAAAAUUGUUUUCGCAUCUGGGCGACCUGAGCGAUCUUCUGAAAGAAAUAAUGUCAGAAGCGAGGAGACUGACGAAUGCUGAAAGAUGCUCGCUGUUCUUGCUGGAUCCUGAUCAUAUGCACCUGGUGGCUAAGGUGUUUGAUGGGGUCAGUUCAGCGGAGAAGAGCCAGGAGGUGCGGAUUGCCAAAGAUCAGGGGAUAGCAGGUCACGUAGCCGUAACCGGCAAAUUGCUGAACAUAAAGAACGCCUACAAACAUCCCUUGUUUUUCAAGGGCAUGGACGAAACAACCGGCUUCAAAACCCGCAACAUUUUGUGUUUCCCCAUAAGGGAUGAAGAUAAGAUUGUCGGGGUAGCACAGUUGUGCAACAAAACGAACGGAAAUUUCGAUUAUUUCGACGAACAAGUUGCUAACGCUUUUAGUAUUUAUUGCGGCAUUUCGAUCAUGCAUAGUUUGAUCUACAAGAAGAUCAGGGAUGCCCAGGCGAGGAGUCAGCUGUCCAACGAACUGAUGACAUAUCAUAUGAGGGUCCACGACCAAGACGUGGCAGACGUUCUUAUGUGCCCGAACCCGCACGAUUACCCGAACUUCGACGAUUUCAGUUUCACGCCAAGGAAAAUCUUGCACCGAGAAUUGCCUUGUUUCGUACUGAAAAUGUUCGAGGAAUUGAACUUCAUAGAAGAGUUCCGAAUAAAAAAAGACAUUCUGACGAGGUUUAUAUUGUACGUCAAGAAGGGAUACAGGGACCUGCCUUACCACAAUUGGUUGCAUGCGUUUUCUGUCGCGCAUUUUGCCUAUUUAUGCUUGAAGAAUUUCCAGUUGGUAGAAAAAGGCUACAUAUCAAAAUUGGAAGCUUUAGCGUACCUCAUAUCUUGCUUGUGUCAUGACAUAGAUCAUAGAGGAACGACGAACUCAUUCCAACAGCAGUCAGAUAGUGUGUUGGCUAGUCUUUAUUCUAGUGAAGGAUCGGUCAUGGAGAGGCAUCACCUGUCUCAGACGAUAUGCACCUUGAAUACUGAGGGCUGUAAUUUCUUGGAGUCCCUGAAUCGAGACGACUAUAUAAAAUGCCUUGAUCUUAUUAAGGAUAUGAUUUUGGCGACCGACCUCGCUAUACAUUACAGGAUACACUCUAAACAGUCAGCUAUGGCACUGGACGGCUACAAUAAGAAUAACGCCGAACACCGAUAUUUCCUGUGCAGCCUGUUGAUGACGUGUGCGGAUCUUUCAGAUCAAACUAAGGCUUGGCCCGAGAGCAAAAAGGUGGCAACGCUGAUCUACACGGAAUUCUUCACGCAAGGAGAUAUGGAAAAGGAGAUGGGAAAGGAGCCGGCCAAUAUGAUGGAUAGGGAAAAAGCGUCGAUACCCGAUCACCAGCUCGACUUUUUAACGCAGUGCUGUAUUUGUAUUUUUAAGAUAUUGGAAAUGAUAUUCCCCAAAGCGAAAGUGCUGGUGGACGCGUUGAAGAAGAACAUAUUGUGUUGGGAGACGUCAAAGAUGGUCUUCGAGAGGUUAGGUCUGGAGGGGAAAACGUCGUACGAAGUUUUAACUAGCGACGAAUUGGAGGCGCAAGUGCAGGCCACACUUGAAGUUAUACAGGGUUGAAUAUGUGUUAAACUAUUUUUAUUAUGAUAAGCAAUGAAUGUGUUACAAUACUGACAAAAGACGCGUGCGCAAUAACGUAUAAGUGAAACAAAAUGUAGAUAACCGCAGAAAGCUCAAAUCAAAGUAUAAAUGUAAUUUACUAAUAUCAAGAUGAUCUGUAUUCAGACAGUGAAAUAAACUGGUUGUUAUUUAUUUACCGUAUGAA